CUCACACCGAAACACGAUAACCACUCUCUCAUCCGGCAAUGACAGAACUCGUCGGCAAUUGGCUCCACUUCAGUGCACGACAGCCGAAACGAAAGCGCGCUGAAGCUGUUUGUUUCUUUUGUCAUUCAAAGAAGAUCAAGUGCGAUUUGCAGAGCCGGACGUCGCAAGGGCAGGCGAAAUGCUCUAACUGUGAUAACCAAGAUCAAGAUUGUCAUCUUCGGCCGUCACGAAGGGGCAAGCAGCGUCGGAGAGCGUCUACGCAAGCUGAGUGUGGCACUGAAUGCGAUACUAUUGUUGCCGCAGGUGAAGAUGUGGGCGAGAACAAUCCAGAGCCACCCGAUGCAACAGAAAUCGACUUUGAUGAGAAUGUAAUUGACCCAGGGAUGGGUGACACGCCAGCGCCUGUGCAUGCGACACCAAUUCACGUCGCGUUCAACAUACCAACAGCUGAGCGCGCUCCUGAUGCUGCAGUCAAUCAUCCGACCAAGUCAAGCACGUCGCCGACAGAAGGCGCUGGCCGCAGUCAUGCAGGAGACGUUGACACAGGCUUCCUUCAGAUCUACGGGCCUGAGAACCAGCUCGAAGCUGAACAACAGGAACUUGUUGCGAACCUUGAGCUUCGCAAUCCGGCAUCGGACCCCAGGCAACAGGAGCUGCAACAAAGCUUCUCAGAAACAUAUUUUGAGUACUGUUACCCAUGGUGCCCCGUCCUUGACCACGACACGCUCGACUCUGAGCUGGCUCGAUCGCCCAUGCUUGCGAAUGCCCUUGCACUCGCUGCGAGUCACAUACAACCGCCUCUGAUACCCCACCAAGGCCCAGCCGCCUACUACGAUAAAGCGAGGAUGAUGUUUUAUAUGGAUGAGGAGCCAGAUAUACUCACGUCUCUGAAGGCUGUCUCUCUGUUCUACUGGUGGGCUCCUCGUUCACCGUCGACGGCACAUCGGCAUGCCAGCUGGUGGUGGACCUCCGUCAUAAUAAGACAUGCACAGCAGAUGAACAUCCACCGUGAGCCGAAACAAGGUAGCGUGGCUUCGAGUGCACUUCACCUGAGUUUGCGUCGGCGAUUAUGGUGGACUGUGUUUGCACGAGAGCGAUUGACGUCGCUAUGCCAAAGCAAACCCUGCAUCAUCAACCCCGAAGAUAUGACUAUACAAGAAGUCCAACCGUCAGAUUUCCCAAGCGAUCCGGCAUCACAGAAGAAAGGCCGGAUAUUCAAGUACUGGGUUCGCCUUUCUGGUAUAAUGGGCAAAGUUUCCAAAGCACUAUCGAAGUCCGUAGACUCCCCCUCAGAAACGGCGACAUUCCCGACGGAGCUUAGGCAAGAACUCGUCGCGUGGGUCCAGUCGUUACCUUCAGACCUUCAACUACCAAUAGGCUCAAGUCGAACAGAAGGGUUCGAUCGGGAUGUCCAUCAAUUGCAUCUCCCAUACUUGACAACGAUCAUUGUGAUGCAUUUACAGAGAACAACACCAGACUUGCCGCAAGCUCUACCGCCCGCUAUCUUAGCUGCUUCAUGUAUCGCAAGGAUUCUCAGAGAUAUCCUGUCGCGUGGAAAUGCACGGUUUCUCAUGGCGAUCACCUGCUGGUACUGCGGUACGGCCUUCAUCGCGUUAUUACAAGCAAGUCGGAUCAAGCAAUUCUCCCAAGAAGCGGAAGAGGGACUGGACAUUCUGGACCAAGCAGUCGGCCAACUUCAGCAAAUGUGGGCUUCUGCCAAUGUCAUCAGACAAGGCUUUGAACGACUGCGCGCGCUGCCUAGGUCCAUGAUGCAUGCUGGUAGAGGCAGGUCAACGGCGCCCAACGGGUCCAGCGACGCGCCAUCGAACGACUUUGACUGGAAGCUUCUGUUUCCGUUUGUGACUAGAUCUACAAGUCGGAUCGCGGACUGUUUGCUUGCUGAUGAUGAGUUUGGAACGACAGCUACGGCACUGCCAUCGCCCGAGAAUGCCGUGUUUCACGAGGACCUGCUUAAUCGCUACCAUGACUUGCUGGAGCCAUUUGUUGAUUACAAUUUUGACUUUUCAAACAUUAAUCUUGAUAUCCUAUAGUAAUGGAAAGACAUUUGGCACAAGCAAAUAUUAUCGCAUGGCAAAUUGGUCUGUACCUUGUCCUUAUGCUUUGUUUGCGGGGUCUGUUAUCACAACUCUUUGUUCACCCACGAUCCCAAUAACAGAAUGUAU